AUGAAUCUCUCGUCUGUCUUUACAAUACUUGCAAUGGACUCAAAAAGAGACCAAGAAACAAAAAUUGUGGCGCGGAAUGCCACGAGCCACGUAGACAUAGAAGCUCAGCCAAGUGUCAAAUCUGCCAGACAAAUCAACUGUGAUCGGUCCCACAGGAACUACGAUGUAUGCUCAUUCAACGGCCCAACUGUCUUUGAGCCAACAGAGUCCACUUUCUUUCUCAUGGGCAUAACAGAUGAGGGCCAGGAGCCCAUUUUGGAGGAAAAAGUCCGGCCUUACCCAAGAAAAUGGGAUAAUUUCACAAUGGCCCAGAUAAAAGAAGUUACUCUCACCUCAGGCCCACUGAGCCCACCAUGCUUGAUCCACCACAAUGCCCCGGCUCUAGUAUUCAGUGCGGGAGGGUACACCGAUAACUUCGCCUAUGACUUCAAUGAUGUGUUCAUCCCACUCUUCAUCACCGUUAACUCGAUCUUUCCCAGUCAGGAAUUCAUUGUUGCGAUCUUCAAUUCGCACGAUUGGUGGAUGAGUAAUUACAAGGAUUUAUUACGUAGCUUUACCCAGCACCCGAUUAUAAACUUGGAUAAGGAGUCUGUGCCUCAUUGCUUUCCCUCAGCCACAGUGGGCCUAAUAUCACAUGGUUUCAUGACCAUAGACCCAAAAUUGAUGCCCAGCCCAAAAAAUUUCAAACAAUUUCGGGCCUUGUUAAAAUCAACCUAUAGCCCAAAUGGUACCUCCAUUUCUAAACCUCCUACACGGCCACGCCUCGUGUUGAUGAGCAAUGGUGGUUGUAGUGGUGGUGGUGGAUGUGUGAUUCUUAACCAAGCUGAAGUGGUACUAGUGGCGGAGGAGGUGGGUUUCAAGGUAAUUGUGUUCGAACCAACUUCAAGUACUCCCUUGCGCGAAUCAUACAAUUAA